GACGUCCCUUCACUAGUUACUGCAGCUCUCGUCCCUCUCCUCGUGCGUUAAGAUUGACGCGUGCGCGCGGGCAUUCUUGGUGCAGUUGGUAUAGCAGUCCCUCGUUCAUUGCAUCGUCCCCAGCGCGCCCUCGACUCCGCCUCGUCCAGCAGCACGAGAGCCGAGCAGCUCACCAGCGGCAGCAGCAGCAGCAUUUCUCUCCAGCACAGCUUACCACCCUCCAGAUGCGCCAGACGACGCGAUGAGCUCACUGCCACUAUUUACAGCCCAGUCACUUUAUUUACGUUGGAGCGAUGCCGUGGAAGCCGCUUCCUUCAGUCGCGUUUGCUAUUGCUACUGCUCCCUUCACUGCGAGUGAAAAGUACCAUCUCCCCCUGCAGAUUGGCGACCACAUCUAUGUCAUCGAACAAGGCGGCUCGCGAAAUGAGUGGUAUCGAGGAUAUUUGGUCGCGCCGCCGUCGCUGCUGGCAGGCCUCACCAGCGAUCGCGGCCAGCAGCUGGAGCAUCGUGUCUUCUCUGGAAUCUUUCCUGCCAACUGCGUCGAAGUCCGCGAAUACCUAGGCGAGGGGAAAUUGCCCGAUGGGAACGAAGAAGAUGAAGCGAUAGACAACAUUGAGGACCCGCGCCAGCGGAGGAAGAGUCAGGCAUUGGCUGCGCGUCGAAAGAGCCAGCGAUUGAGCAAGAAGCAGAGCACACGCAGCCUGAGGAAAGAGCGGAAGUCGAUAUUUCUGUCGGACGAGCCUCUACCUCGAGCUCCUGGCGCGCCCAAGCCCCUGGCACCCGUCCCUCUCCUGCGCGUGGGAGAUGAGUCCAGCCUGUCAGCGACCGAGCCUCUGAUAGACGAAAUCGCAUCCUGCUUGCGAGAAUGGCACGAUGCACGUCUGCACGACCUGCUCCUGGCGCGAGGAUAUACCCAGCUUGCAAAGGUUGAGCAGCUCGUGAAGAGAGUGGACACUGCGAGGAGUCAGCUCAUGCACGAUGUCUUGACUCAGAAAGAGCUCGUAGUGCUGCGAGAAGACACGGUGUGGGAUCUCGUUGCUGGCAACAAGAUGCUGAGCGAAGAGGUCAUCGUCCGAAGUCCCACAGAAAAUGGUCGGAUCCUGACUGCAGACGACUCCGUCAUUGAGAUGACCAAGCUGCAGGCGAACAUGAGCAUACUUGACAGACCUCCAAAGCCCGUGACAGACAAGCACAUGCUACACCAUCUUCUGGUGGAUGCGCGCAACCUGGUCGCUGAUGCAGAACAUCCAGGAACGCUUCACGUCAGUCUCUUCACUAAGGAGCAUGGUGAGAAGCCACAGCCCCUGAGUGAGAACUUUGCCAUCUCGGUACCUCUACCAGAAGAGCCCUCUGCCGCCCCCGAGGACCAGCCGCAGACACUAUUCGUGAACUUGAGCAAUGCGGAUGUUGGCACAGGCGCAGCGUCACGCUCCUUGUACGUCGUCUUCAAGUUGAUGCGGGAUGAACCUGUGAGGUCUGCAGUCUAUGGUCAAGGGAUCAAUCACGCGCAGAAGCCCGCUUUGACAAGCAACGCGCAUGGUGGCUCUCAGGGAAGUUCGAAGGGACGACUCAGUGUGUUUGGCAGCACGAGGAAAAAGAGCGACCACGGACGUAAUGGUUCCAAUGUGCCUUCCCGGCCCGGCACAUCGCAGUCCCAGCGAUCGGACAGGACUGGCACUUCUGGUGGGAAAGCUGGCUCGGACACGGCAGGCGAAACGAAACUUGUGCGGCGCUGCGUGGGCGUCGGAGCCAUCGAUGUGACCCGCUUUGCUCAGGGCAGCACGAGCACAGAAACGACGGUCUCACUUUGGACGCCCAACUCUUCUGUUGCUGACGACAAGCACGACGAGGACGAGGACUGGCUAGAGAUCGUACGUGACCUAACUCGCAGCGCAAGUCGUGGCUAUUCUCGUGUUGGACUGAUCAAACGUCUGGAUGUGUUUGUGCAAGCGUUCGCCACAGCAGAUUUAGCAGGUCUUGUUCGCGACACUCCGACAUUGCUACACAAUGUUCUGAUGACUCCUAAACUCGGUUUCUCUGGCGUGCCGACGGAAAAGCGAAGCGACAUCUACCUCACAUUGACCGAACCACGCUUACAACGCAGCUCCACCCUCGCACAUUCCAAAUACGGUGCCGUGCCGCUCAACCAACGUACCCAAACAAGCCUCUCAAAUUUACAGCUCACUCUGGAGGUUCGCAAAGCCAGUGGGGAGCGCUUCGAAGGGUGCAUAUUCACGUCUGCGAACCACGAAGGUCACACCGCAUGGCGCACGACUGGCAUCGAGCGUGGAGAAGGCUGGAACCAGACCAUCAGACUGGCCAUACCUGCAGAGGAAGUUCCGGGCAGCCAUGUUGUGAUGAGCAUUGCAGAUUAUCCCAACUUCCCUUUCGCGCUCGCGUGGUUACCUUUAUGGGAGUUCGAUGCCUUCGUGCGUGAUGGGGAGCAUCAGAUGUCUUUGUACGUCUACGAUGAAUACUCGAGCAGCAUAAUCAACGGCAAGGGCGCGUAUUUGGCUCUGCCACCCUGGCACGACAAAAGCGAUCCCUCUCAGGCAGCGGCAGCCACCAUUGCAUUGAGAACAUAUCUCUGCAGCACAGAGUAUUCACAGGACCCAACAUUACUUGGCGUAUUGCACUGGCGAAAUUACCACGGCGAAGGACUCAAGGAACUCCUGGGUCGCUUUCCGUUCGUGCCAGAGAUCGAAAUCGUGAAACUGCUGCACGAUGUCUUUGGGGUCAUGUUUGAGAUUCUGCACGAGUACGAUGAAAUUGAAGAGUACGAGGACCUGGUCUUUUACAACUUCGUGGUCAUUCUCGGCAUCGGUCGGGACAAGCGCUUUGAACUGGGUAACAUCAUUGAGGAAUAUGCCAUGACAAGGCACGACUGGCCGCGAGCAAGCAAAGCACUCGUUCGCGCAUUUCAUCGACUUGUCGCCCGCAACAUGGAUCCUGAGUCUUCCCGGAAGCUCCGUGCCGCUCUGAAGGUUGGUGACCAGAUGCUGAAGCUGAUCAUUGAUUCGAUGAAGCACUCGCCUGGAAGCGUGGAUGAGGAAGAGCACAACAGCAUCCUGCCGGCUGAUCGUCAGGGUGAGCUUAGACGUGAAUUGCAGAAGUUCUUCGUCGCGAUCAUGGCAUUGCUGCGCAAUCCUAUGCCGGUCUUGCUGGGCACACAAACGCUACUGAUACAGCGCUUCCACACAUGGCUGCCAGAACUGACGCCAAUCAUGUCAUCAAACGACAUCCUGGAAGUAGCGACUGACCUCAUGAGUUCUUGCUCUCAUGCAAAAGGCAAAAUGACGCUAUAUCGCCUAAUUCUCUUGGUCAAUUACAGUCACCUCGAUAUCUUCAAGACGCCCGAAACAAGGGCGAAUCUCAUAGCAAGCACCUUCAGCUGGCUCGAACCUUAUUGGGGAUGGGUACCAGAACCUGAUCAGCAAUGGCGGGAUUCAGUCCGGUUAUGCUGCUCGGUCGUUGCAGCGCAAAUGGAGCACCUUGGCGAAGAAAGCUGCCAGUAUGUGCCUAAACUGGCUGAGUCUUUCGGCGUCUUGAAGGAGCAACCGCGCCAUUCAAAACGUGUAUUCAGCAUGCUGUUCCCCACCUCUUAUCCCUUUCCGACGAAACCGACGACCGAAGACAUUGACGUCGACGAGGCGAUGCUCGAAAUCGCAGCGCUUUUGGCGGCGGCGCUUUCCUCCAAUCGAAAGCUCUAUUUUGAUUCGAACAUUGUGGACAUACCUACUGUGCUAAUGCAAGCCCUAGAAGUCAGCCAGAGCAUUUUGUCAUGUCAGGCGUUUCCGAGCAGCUGGCUGAGCUUGCUCGUCAGUCAUCAUCGCUACAGCAUCACAGCGCUAGAACGGAUAGAGGAAAUCUUGAUUGAUGGGCUGCCAGAUGUGUAUGCCCCUGACGCCAGCGAGGCAUUCGAGUUUGAUACAACAAUGUGGCGGACAUACUUCGAUACACUGUUUGCAACUUUGAGCAGCCCGAUCCUGGCCAUGGAAACUUUCCCAGAGCAGAAGCGACGAGCAGUCUGGAAAAUCGCAGGAGACGUUCGUGAGCUCGGAGCUGAUCUACUCAAGCGGAGUUGGGAAGCGAUCGGAUGGGAGACGGACGAGGAAGAGAAGCAAUUGUAUGGCUACCAGCGCAUGGGUGGUUACCAAGUGCAGUUCGUGCCUGAGAUGGUCGCGCCGAUCGUCGAGCUUUGCCUCAGCGUCCACGCCAGUCUGCGGGCAGUCGCUAUCGAAGUAUUGCGUGCCAUGAUCAUCGGAGCUUGGCAAAUCGAUCAAGACUUGUCGCUCAUUCAGACCGCCAUGAUCGACUGUCUGGACAAGCUAUGCAGAAACACGAACGUGACCGAGUCGAUGCUGCAAAAGACCUUUGUACCUGAGAUGAUCGAACGCUUUCGGCCAUUGGAAAAAACGAGCGAGCGCGCACUUUUCAGUGCAGUGGUUGACAUGUUUAGCAGGAUCCAAGAGUUACUGGAAAUGCUGGCCAGCGUGCACUCGAGCAAAGCGGGUAUCAACGAUGCCAGCCGCCUUGUCGAUACCUUGCGUCUGAUGGAGUUCCUGCGCGAUGUACAAUCCGAAGAUGCCUACACACGCUACGUGCACCAAUUAUCGGGCAUGCAGGUCGCGGCUGGCAACACCACUGAGGCAGGAUUGGCGCUUCAAAUGCACGCGGACCGCUAUGAGUGGGAUCCCAACAUGCAUCUGACCGCCUUGGAAGAUCCUCCAAUGCCCGCGCAAACUGCUUUCGAGCGCAAAGAGGCGCUGUAUUUUAAGAUGUGCCAGCAUUACGAGAAAGGCCAAUCGUGGAAGCGAGCGCUUGGGGCGUACCGGGAGCUGGCUACUCACUACGAGUCAAAUGUCUUCGACUACGCAAAGUUGGCCCGCACGCAACGCGCCAUUGCUGGUGUUCACGAGCGCAUUGCGCGUGGCGAUCGUCCAAACCCCAGAUAUUUCAGAGUGGCAUAUCGAGGGCUCGGCUUCCCACCUACGCUUCGAGACAAGCAGUUUAUCUUUGAAGGCUACCCCAGCGACAGAUUGGCCCUGUUCGAGGAUCGCAUGCAGCAACUUUAUCCAUCAGCACAGAUCUUGCGUGGUGGUGCUGAACCUGCCGUGGAAGGACAGUUCCUGCAGAUCUAUGCCGUCAGUCCCAACAAAGACCUUGAGCACAUGGUCUACCAGCGCACCAAAGUAUCACAGGCAGUGCGAGACUUCAAUCUGACAGCGAACCCGCGUAAAUUUGCCAUGACUUCGAGACAUCCUGCACACGACAUUCCGAUUACCGAGCAGGUUGUAGAGAAAGUUGUCUACACUGCUGCGGACGAGUUCCCCACGAUCCUUCGACGAAGCGAGAUUGUCAAGAUCGAGACCGUCACCCUCUUACCGAUCGAAGCUGCAGUAGAGCGAACGACACGCAAGACACAAGAACUGCUGGCUUUGGAGAAGCGUAUCGUGAGCGGUCAGGACAAGGGUGCCAUGUCACGACUGAGUGAAGACUUGAUGAGCUCAGUUGACCCCGAUUCUGGCACCAGUGUGUCGCGAUACCGUGGGUUACUCCCUGCAGGUCAUGGCCAAGAUAACCAAUCCCUCGAGCCUUCACUCUACGCGCGUUCCUACGACGCUCCACUCGAGCCCAUGCAAAGCGCCUUGCAAGUCGCCCUGCUUGACCAUACAUUAGCCAUCAGACGCUGCCUCGCUCUGUACAAGAACUCCGAGCACCUCGCUACAAGAGCAGAGUUAGUGCCCCGCUUCGAAGCUACCUUUUCGCAUGAACUGGGUACCCUUUUCCCGCAUCGAGAACGUUACGAAGAAGAAGAUGUUACGCCAAGAAAUUCCAUCGACGCGGCGCACGCGGCGCUGACAGCAGCUGCAAUAGAACAGCACCAGCAAGCGAAUUCGGGCGCUGGACAAGGAGACUGGCAAGAAGAUGAGCCGGAUAAGGAGAAGAGUAGGGGUCGGAGGGGUUCGUUCUUGAAGAGAAGACUUUCGAAACAAGGAAAGGGAUUGUUGGGAGAGACGAAUGGUGAUGAUGCUGGUGGUGAGAGACAGGCUCGUCCGGCUAGUCAGUCGAGAAGGAGAGAUCGCAGUUCGAGUCGAUGGAGCUUUUUCCGUGCUAAUCAGCAGGAUGAUGAGGACGCCGGGAAAGGCGGAUUGGAUGUGCCGAAGCGGGAGAGGAGAGGGUCGUUGAAGCAGAGGUUGAGCUUUAUACAGGAUCGAAAGUAGGUGGUGGAUUGAGGUUUUGAUUUGUGAGGAUGUACGAUGGACGACAGGUAUGGAUGAGAAGUUGGAAGAGGUGGGCCGUUGACUUGAGGAGAAAGAAUGAUGGAGAGGAAUUGUUUCACUUUAUCGAAUUGUUCUGAUACCCCGUAGACUUAUAGUACUAUAGC